GUAAAGGCAUAAGCAGUGCAACGUUAUCUCGAAAUAGUAGAAUGACAUGUAUUUUUGCAUAAAUUUGAAAGCUAGCAUGACAUGUAUCUUUCUGCAGAGGGAGUAUUGUUUAGGUUGUAAGUUCAUUUGAGCUUGAUUGCAUCUAAGUUUAGUUGGAACAACAAUUUCUAAAGUUAUUUACAAUUAUAUCCUGUACAUAUUGAUAUGGACUCUACAUUCUACAAUUACUAAAUGAACAUAGCACUAUCAGUUAGCAGAAUCGUCUCUGCAGCAGAGAAUUAAUUGAGAAUAUAUGGUUUACGAAAACUGAACAAUUGACGCUGCCGCCGCCACCGAUCCCCGCGGACGCCUCAGCCGUCGCCGGACCCCAAUGGACGACGUGGACGCCGCCGCCGCCACCGAUCCCCGCGGACGCCUCAGCCGUCGCCGGACCCCAAUGGACGACGUUGACGCCGCCGCCGUCACCGAUCCCCGCGGACGCCGCAGACGCCGCCGACCAGUGCAGAGCGCGGUCACGUUCUCCGCGCGGCCAUACGGACCAUCACUUCGCCUGAGGUCGCCUAUCAUGGCUGCCACCAGCGUCGGCAGGAACGACUCCCCGAUGGCACCCGAGGACUCCACAGUAUCGUCUAGGCUAGGAGAGGUCAAGAUCAACCUGGACGGCACUGGUGUUGCAAACUACAGCAUAGGGAUAUCGUUCUUGGAUUACAUCCUUGAUUGUAACCAAAGUCUAUGGAUCUGUCAAAGGGUCUUGCUGCAUAUGGUCAUUGUUGUAUUGCGUGGAAGGAGCGAAUGGAGAGCUGGAAGCAGAAUCAUAGGAGAUGCUGCACAAUAUGAGGAAUGACGGUAAAGGCUUUGAACUGUGAUGACAAUGAUGCCCGAUAUUACCAUUAGUAUAUUCUCAUCAAAGGUAACCUGUAAUUUUUGCUAUGACAUGGAUUUUCUAUUGUGAGGGGUGUCUUUCAUGAAGAAUGUGAUUUCUGCAUGAUACAAUGUUGUUAGAACGCAGAGAUUCUAUGCAAGGACUGACAUUUAAGAAGGAUGUAGUAACAGGUAAACCUUGAUGAAUAUUUUAACUUUCCGUGAGGAUCUUUUCAUUCAGCACAUACAUGUGUUGAGUUCUUCUUGUGUUUAGAAGUAAGAGGUGCAGCAUGCCGGACGUCCUUGCGGGAGUAGUCGAGGAGUAUCUCCGUAGCGAUUUGGAUGUACAGAGUUUAUGAUAUA